UGCGAGGCCCGCGCGGCGGGAUCUGGGCCGGCGAGCGCGGCCCGGCCUGGCCCGGCGCGCAUGGAGGCGGCGGGAGGCGUGCGGGCGCGGACCUUGCGUGCAGCUGACCGCCGGGGGGCCUAUGGAGAGACCGCCCGGGGGCCGCUCUGAGUGCCCCGGUGCCCAGCAUAGCCGCCGCCCCUGCUGCCGCCGACCGCCCUGCGCCGCUGGCCGUCACCAUCGCCCUCGCCCGCCGCUGGCCGCCGCUGCCCGACCUGGGGCCGGCGCUGCCCCCUGAGCCCCCUGCCCUGCUCCGGGACUCGCUGGACCCUGAUGGGGUAACGUGACAGGGACACCGUGUGCCUGAGACUGCCCGAGACGCCCACCCCAAGGCCGCCCCCAAGUUGGCUCAUUUCAAGUUCAUUUUCCCUUUGGUCCUUGGGGGAUUGAGGCCCACCUGUGAGCCAAGGGUGCCGUUGGUCGUCCACUGAUGCAGGGGGGCGUCCCAGCGAGGGACACAGCACUGGACAGUGUCCCCACGGCCGGAUUCACUCUGGACUUCUUAAGUUUUUUUUUUUUUUUUUUUUCUUGCUGACUCGUCUUUUGUUUCCACACCCCACCUACCAUCAUCAGCCCCGAGAGACAGCUCUUUGGAGUCGCCUGUUUUACCCUGGGGGUCUUAUUGUUUUUGACACGUUGGAUUUUCUUUUUUAACUAUCCACGCACCGGGCAGCUCCCUCCCCCUCCCGAGUAUUUGCACAAUAUUUGUGCGGAGUGAGGGGUGGGUUUUCAGACAACCUCUCCUAGGACAAGCACACCUGGCUCUCCUGUGGGGGAGGGCUUCUCUGGUCCGCGGGCCCAGCCCUCUCUGGCGCCCCCUCCCAGCCCCAGGGGCGGCCAUGGCGCGGAUGAACCGGCCGGCCCCCGUGGAGCUGAGCUACAGGAACAUGCGCUUCCUCAUCACCCACAACCCCACCAACGCCACCCUCAGCACCUUCAUCCAGGACCUCAAGAAGUACGGCGCCACCACGGUGGUGCGCGUGUGUGAAGUGACCUAUGACAAGGCCCCGCUGGAGAGAGAUGGCAUCACUGUGGUGGACUGGCCCUUUGACGAUGGGGCGCCCCCGCCCGGCAAGGUGGUGGACGACUGGCUGAGCCUGCUUAAGGCCAAGUUCUGUGAUGACCCGGGCAGCUGCGUGGCCGUGCACUGCGUGGCCGGCCUGGGACGGGCCCCGGUGCUGGUGGCGCUGGCGCUGUUGGAGAGCGGCAUGAAGUAUGAAGACGCCGUCCAGUUCAUCCGACAGAAGCGCCGUGGGGCCAUCAACAGCAAACAGCUCACCUACCUGGAGAAGUACCGGCCCAAGCAGAGGCUGCGGUUCAAGGACCCCCGCACGCACAGGGCCAGGUGCUGUGUGAUGUAGCCGGGCCCCGCCCCCGCCCGCCGAGGGCCGCACCUCGCUGCCACCAGAGUCGGGUCUCCUGUCUGGUGGCUGCUGGGCAGGGCGCGGCUUUGGAAGCACUGGGCCCAGCACCCCGCCCCCCGCCCAGCCCUGUUCUCAGCACCUUAAGUUAUUGGACCCGGGGCGGUCAGAUGUCCUGGCAAUAAAACAAGACCCGUG